AUAAAACGGGCAAUGUGGGGGAAAUUCAUUAGGGUUUUGUUAUCUGCCUCUAUAUAAUCCAAUAACCCUAUAAACCAGGGUUUGGAGCGUGCCGUUUCUGCAGAGUGAAGAAGCUCUCCAAAAUACGUCAAACAAAAAUGCCUAAGCAAAUUCACGAGAUCAAGGACUUCCUUCUCACUGCCAGAAGGAAAGAUGCGCGCUCCGUAAAAAUCAAGAAGAGCAAAGAUGUUGUCAAGUUCAAGGUCCGCUGCUCCAAGUACUUGUACACACUUUGUGUAUCUGAUGCUGAGAAGGCUGACAAGUUGAAGCAGUCUCUUCCUCCAGGUUUGAGCGUCCAAGACCUGUGAAAAUAUGGCUUCACCAAGUCUGUCACCCAAUUACUGCUAGGCCAUGAAAGCUAGAUUUUGAUUUUUGGUUUAUUGAAUUCCAUGCCAUUUUGCAACAGUCAAAAGUUUCUGUAAGGGAUAUUUAUAUGGUGUUUUUAUGGAUGUUAGGAUGAUUUGCACUUUUUGACGGUUAAUGAAUGUAUUUUGUGCGUUUGUUUCUCUUAUUUUCUGUUUCUAUGAGAACAUGAGUUCUGAUUAUUAGCCUCUUGACAUCUUUAGUCUGGGGUUGUAGCUGUAUGAUUACUAAAUAUAUUUUCUGACCCUCUUUGAAUUGC